AUGGCGGACGAUCAAGCCUCUGUCGACAGCCACGAGGAGAGCUUUGCGCAGAUCGCGCCGCCCGUCGCGCGCGCGCAGGUCUCGCAGUCCAACUCCGUCGUUGACGGGCGGCGCGGCGGGGGCUGGGGCGCAGGGGGCCGCGGAGUCGAGUUCCGCGGGCAAGUGCAGACGCGCUCGACGCGCAGUGGCCGCGGACGCGGAAGCGCGGGCGGACAGGGCGGAGUUGCGCUCAGCGGCGUCGGCGCGGUGGGGGAAGUCGGCGCAGGGCCUGGCGGAGCGGGAGUAUGGGGAGCCGCUGAGGGGGACGGCAGUCGCGCGGGGUACUGGGCGGGGGCGCCGGGUGAGGGCGUAGGGUUAGCGGGAGAGCGGGGCGCGGGGGCGUUUUCCGCCGUUGGCAUCCCCGCGCCUGCUGCGUCCGUCCAGAGCCAGGGGUCUUCGCUAGGCAGCGGGCAUGACGCGGGGGGAGGUGCGGGCGCGGGCGCGCACAAGAGGCAGCGGGGGAGGCGAUCCGCGCAUGCGCCCGCGAUGGCGGAGGUGCACAUGGCGGCGGAUCCGGGCGGGCGAUUCGGGGAUUCGGACGAGGUGUCGAUUGGCAGCAUGAACGCGUGUAGCAGCGGCGCCAGAAGCGGGGGAGGCGGAGGCGCUAGAAGCGGGGGGGGCAGCGCGGGGGGAGCAGUGGGCGGAAGAGAAGGCGCGGGUGGAGUUGGGGGGAGGGAUGAAGAGGAGAUGGGGGGCGCUGCUGCCUCAGGGGCGGGGCUAGGGGGGCGCGGAGGGGGGAGUGGGCGGGGGAGGCGAGGGGGAGGGGGGAGCAGGCAGGCGCAGGGGUCGCAGACAGGGGGAAGGGGGCAGGAGGAUCGUGAGAUAGACGCUUUGGGACGCUGCAUGACCAAGAUCCUGCGGCACCAGGCGAGCCAGCUGGGAUUGCACGUGGCGCCAGAUGGCUUCGUGCGAGUGGCCGAUCUCCUGCUGCUGCCCGUCAACACCAACGCCCACCGCGCCCUCGCCUCCCACACGCUGGAGGACGUGCGCCUGGCUGUGGCGCGGGACAACAAGCAGCGCUUCACUCUGAGGGAAGGGCCGGGUGGGGAGGUGUAUGUGCGGGCGAACCAGGGCCACUCGCUGCACGUGGACGAGGAGCAGCUGCUGCGAAGAAUCACCGACCCCGCUGCCCUUCCAGAGUGUGUACACGGCACGUACGAGCGCCACCUGCCAUCCAUACUGGCGUCGGGGUUGAGUCGCAUGAACCGGCAGCACGUGCACCUCACCAAGGGGGUGCCCUCGCAGCACCACUCCGUCGUCAGCGGCUUUCGUUCGAACUCAGAGGUGCUGGUGGUGGUGGACGUUGCUCGCGCCAUGGCAGACGGCAUGCCAUUCUUCGAGUCAGACAACGGGGUCAUCCUCACGUCUGGCUUCCAUGGCUACAUCCCUCCAACCUACUUCGCCUCCAUCCUCAAGUGGCCCUCUCUCCUCCCCCACCCCCUCUCCCCUCCUCCUCCCCACCCCCCCCAUCCUCCUCUACCCGCCCUUGCUCCUGUCCCCCCCGCUGCUUCCGCUGCUGUCUGUGCGGGGGAAGCAGCAGGGCCGUGUUUAGACCCGAAUAUGGGGGGGUUUGCUGUAUGUGGACCGAAUGUUUCAGAGGAAGGGUUUACCCCCGUGCCUCCUGCUGCGUCGGCGGCUGUGUGUGUGGGGGAGGCGAGUGUGAGGAGCGAUGGGGGGGGCAUGGGGGAUGAGGGGGUGGGUGGGACGGCGGAGUCUGGGAGAGGGGAGGUGGGCGGAUCGAACGAGGACGAGGAGAUGGUUGAUUGA